GCACUCAGCCAUGUGCUCCCGUCAGGACAAGGACCAGUGCCACUCACAGGAGCGCUACACCCAGCAGAGCAGCGGCUGUCACAGCUCCGGUGGCGGCUGUCACAGCUCUGGUGGUGGUGGCGGCUGUCACAGCUCCGGUGGUGGCAAUGGUGGCUGUCACAGCUCUGGUGGCAGUGGUGGCUGUCACAGUUCUGGUGGUGGUGGAUGUCACAGCUCUGGUGGCAGCGGUGGCUGUCACAGCUCCGGCGGCUCCAGCUGCCACGGGAAGCCUCAGGUCCAGUACCACUACCACCAGCAGCAGCAGCAGCAGCAGCAGCAGCAGCAGAUCCACCAGCUGCCCUCGCAGAAGAUGAAGUGAUGGAGCACCCACAGAGCUCUGACUCCCCAGGGCACCCGGCUGAGACCCCUCUCCUGUGUGUCCCCACUCCUGAGGGGCAAUACUGCUGUCCCCACUGCUGCCCCAUGAGGCUGCGCUCAGUCUGGGUGCCAGCAGCACAAU